CCCCAACAUGAGUAACCGAUACCUUUAUUCUCGACUAUUGCUGUCUUCUGCAUAUCGUAUGAUUUAAUAUAAAUACUAAUUAUUAGAAAGAAUAAAGUAUUAAAGUACAAACCACAUAUUUGGAGUAGCGCAGAACUGUAUAGUUUUAAAGGCUCUAAUAAGAAAUUAUCGCCAACAUGACAGACAAUGAUAAUGACUCUCUUGAUAUCGAUUUCGCUUGUAGCGAAGCAUUCGAUUCCUUAGACAUUUUCAAGGAAGGGGAUUCCUUGAAUAUUAUAAAGGAUUUGCUUCCGACUGAAAUGCAGACAUUCUUUGAAGAUAUUGAUAGAAUGGAUUUAUCUGAUGAAUCAGUAACACAUACUUUAACUAAUGAAUGUGAUAUAGAAUCUUCAAACAAGCCGGGAAUGGUUUCACUUACACCGUCAGAUGAUAGAAAUGUUUUCAUAUUUCCUUCAGAUGCAACACCAAAUACUGGGUUUGCAGAUGUUAAUGAGAAUAAAGAGUUUAACAACAUGAGUUCGUCAGAUCCUUUAAUGGGUUGUAAUUUCAAUACUGCUUUAGAUUUAUCCAACCUACAGCCAGAUGAAGUUUUUAUUAACUUGCGAUCCAUGUACAAUUUGAGUGUAGAACAACCAAGAGGAACAUUGCAUCUUGGAGAAAUCCAAAUAAAUGAAAAGCAACCUGUGCUACCUGAUCCUGAAGAGGUGAUAUUGAAAGCUCCGGUUCUACGAAGUAAGGAGCGCCAUCUUAAUGCUGAUCAAUAUUGUAAAUCUAAUAAACUGGAAAAAGAGCAAAUGAAUAUCCGAACCAAUUUAAAGUCUGUGGAUUUGGGUGUUUUUUGUGGCAAAACUACAAAUCAGACCGAAAAGUUAAACCAGACAGGCAUAUCCACAAUAGGAAAAUUACAAACGGAUCAGCACUUUUUGAUUGAAAAUAACUCGGCGAUGAUAUUCUCCACUGCCGCUGUAUCUUCAACUACGGUUGUAGGGGGCCCUUCAAUAGUAUCUCAAAUACCUGUCAUAUUUGAACCAGCCCUAACUGUUGAGAAUAAAAUUCCAAUUAAUAGAAUUCAACCAAAGAAAAAAGAAGUCAAAAGAUCUGCUCACAAUGCUAUUGAGCGACGCUAUCGAACUUCAAUAAAUGAAAAAAUUUCCGAGCUUAAGAGUUUGAUAAUAGGAGAAUCGGCAAAGCUCAACAAAUCGGCUAUUUUAAGAAAAUCAAUUGAUAAAAUACGAGAUCUUCAACAACAGAAUUCUGAAAUGCGUAUUGAAAUACAGAGACUUCAGAAUGAACUUUUAAAUCAGAGCAGUUGCAAAGUCAAAAGUUUACUAAACUCAACAUUUAAUGGCAAAACUAAAAGAAUAAAUAUUGAUUGUGUCAAUAAAAACAGCAAAAACAUUUUCAGAGAUGAGGUGCUACCACCCAAUAAUAAGAUAAUUAUCACCCCACCGUGUAGUGAUGAAUCGAACUCUUCGCAAUCACCAACUCAUUCUGAUAUUUCUUUGCCGUACUCUCCAUCUGAAGCAUCUACCGCAAGUAUAAAUUCGUGUAAAAUAAAGCGUGUGUCAACAGCUAUUCGUGAUGUAUCUAAUUCACGACUUACUUUAUGCGUCUUUAUAUUCGCUUUCAUAGCAAUAAAUCCAUUCCGGAUAUUGCUAUCAAAUAGCUCCAACACCUUUGGCUUUUACGAAGUGGACGACGGGAUUGAUGGAGUCACCCAACGUCGAGUUUUAAACAUCAAAGAUGGAAAUGUCAACAAUUUUUUUAUGCUCCAAAACAUCUGCUACUCCAUAUCUUUGUGGAUAAUUAACUCUUUUAUUGUUUUGGCCUGCUUGAUAAAAAUUGUAAGAUAUGUGGAUCCAUUACGAGGCCCCAUUCCUGCUGACUUUUGGAAACGAAAAGAAUAUGGAGAUGAAUUGUUUAAUAAGGGCGACGUGGAAGGUGCUUAUUCAGAAUAUUUAUCAUGCUUAAAAGGUCUUGGAAUCAUGAUACCAACCGGUACUCCUGAAUUUCUGCUCUUAAGUACAUGGCAAUUAAUGCGCCUAUUCAGUUACCGUCUAAUUACCGGUGGUAAAAUAUUACAUAAAUAUGAUACAGAUAUUACUUUAAAAACUCAGGGUGAAAAUAAGAUUAUGUCCGCCAGACAUUUAGCGCUAUUUUUCAAUAGACUUAACCAGUUGCAUUUUACAAGCAAAAGAAUUCAGGAAAAUGGCCUGACUAUAUCAUUGUAUGCCUUAGAUAUGACACUGGCAGCCUACAGCGCUCUUACCUACGAGGAGUUGGUCACAAUCUACUUAACAUCGGCAUUACGUGUAAAAGAAAACUAUUCGAAGUUGUUAAAGUUUUUUAUACGAUACUGGAUUAAAAAGGCAAAAAAGGAAUGGUUUAAGUACGAUGAGGAUGUGAAGAAACAUAAUUGGAUAUUUACUUCUUUCGGAUUACAGUAUAUAUUUGAGCAUGAUAUUCAUCUAAGCAAAACAGAUGAAAAUGUUUUUGUAGAAUUCCCGAUGUCUAUAGAUCCGUUAUCGAAUUUACUGAAAAGUUAUCAAAAGCAUUUGCUCCAUCAAGCUAUUCAAUGUUUAGUGGGUUACAAAAGCAAAAUUUGUGAGCAAAAAAAAGCUAGCAUUAAAGUAUGUGAAAUGAGCAAUCGAUACGGAGAUGAUACAAUGGCUAGUAAUGCAAUGACAUUUAUUACUCUGCUACGAGAUUCAUUUCGUGCAGCACAAAAUAAUGAGAAAAUUGAGUGGUGGGCCAAUGUUCUUGAAGUUUCUGUGUUUUGGUUAUUAGGCGAAGAUCUAAAGGCAAAGGAAUCAUAUGAACGAGCCAAGGCGCUGCCACCUGCUCUGGAGUCAAAUAAUGACAGUAUGCCAAAAGCUUUGCACUUGGCCAUGCAAGCUAAAUUUUUAAUGUUGCGGUAAGUAAAAUACAUGA